CUCGGCUUCUCGGAGACCGAUUGCGUGGAUUGAUGUCACGAGUGAAGAUGGCGCAGGAGCCCGAGGAGCUGAGUGAGGAUGGAGCGGCGACGGAUCCUGAGACGCGGGUACCGUCGGUGUCUGCGAGUGGCAGGGGCGCGGAGGACGGCGGCUGGUCCACGCCAAUACUGUCCCUGGCCAGGAAAGCGUCCGUAACGCUGACGGCCAACUACGGAAGCGCUUUGAAGUCUGCGGCCGUGGGUCUCGCUGCCAAAGCAAGCGGGGACAGCAGCACCAGCAGCAAAAGUCUGAGUGAACACAUGAAAAAUGAGCGAAUCAACCUUAUGAAUAUGAUGAAACUUAGCAUUAAAGUUCUCAUCCAGUCUGCGCUAAGCCUGGGUAGAACUUUGGAUGCUGAUUACCCACCUCUUCAGCAGUUCUUUGUGGUAAUGGAGCAGUGUCUCAAACAUGGACUGAAAGUAAAGAAGACCUUUCUUGGACCAAACAAAUCAUUUUGGGGUCCUCUAGAAAUAGUGGAGAAGCUUUGUCCUGAGGCUGCUGAAAUAUCAACAAGUGUCAAAGACCUACCAGGGCUUAAAACUCCAAUUGGAAGAGGAAGGGCAUGGCUUAAUCUUGCUUUAAUGCAAAAGAAAAUAGCUGAUUAUUUGAAGGCCUUGAUUGAUCGGAAAGAUCUACUAAGUGAAUUCUAUGAUACAAAUGCCCUGAUGAUGCAGGAUGAGGGAGCAGUUAUUGUUGGUCUCCUGGUGGGCCUUACAGUUAUCGAUGCAAAUCUUUGUUUAAAAGGAGAAGAUUUAGAUUCUCAGCUUGGUGUGAUUGACUUCUCAUUGUACCUGAAAGAUGGAGCUCAGGACCAUGCUGAUGGCAAACAGAGUACUGAAAUCACCAAAAUUCUUGACCAGAAACAUUAUGUGGAAGAGCUCAACAGGCAUUUGAGUGGCACAGUUUCUGACCUUCAGGCAAAAUUGGAUUUGUUGGAAAAGAUUAAUGCAAAACUCAUGGAAGAGCUCACAGCAGCAAAUGACCGAAUUCAAUCACUUCAGGAAGAACAGGAUCAAUUAAAGCAAGAAAAUUCAUCGAUCCUUGAAAGCAGUGAACGGCGCGUAGAGGUGAAUAGACAAGAUUCUGAAGUAGAGUUGGAAACAUACAGACAGACUCGGCAAGGUCUAGAUGAAAUGUACAAUGAAGUCUGGAAACAGCUGAAGGAAGAGAAACGACUCAGAACGGAGCUAGAGAAAGAACUGGAAUUACAAGUAAGCUUGAAACAAGAAAUGGAGACAGCCAUGAAGUUACUGGAGAAGGACACUCAUGAGAAGCAAGAUACACUUGUUGCUCUGCGACAACAGUUAGAAGAGGUGAAGGCUAUCAAUUUGCAGAUGUUUCACAAAGCCAAAAACUCUGAUGGGACAGAGCAGCAGAAGACAGAAAUGAUAAACUCUUUGGAGCAAAAGACUAACCAGAUGAUCAGUGCCACAAAACAAAUGGAAGAAAGAUUGCAACAGUCUGAAAGAGCCAGAAAGUCAGCAGAAGAAAAAAAUGGACGGAUUAAACAGGAAUUUGUUAGCAAGAUUGAGAGUCUCCAGCAGCAACUUGGUGAACUGGACAAACAACGAUCUAUUUUGGAUUCUGAACUUAAAGCAGAGAAGGAACAGAGACAAAGUCUUCAGCUGCAACUGCAACAAGAGAGAGAUGCAACAUCCCAAUUAAAAACCCAGUUGCAGCAAAGGUCAGGGUUGGAGAAGGAAAUGCAAAGAUUGCAGGAUGAAAAAAAAGAACUGCAAAAGAUUUGCGAAGAACAAGAACAGGCCUUGCAAGAAAUGGGACUCCAUCUUAGUCAAUCAAAACUGAAAAUGGAGGACAUUAAGGAAGUCAAUAAAGCAUUAAAGGGAAAUGCCUGGCUUAAAGAUGAUGAAGCAACAUCUUGCAAACAGUGUGAGAAGGAAUUCUCAAUCUCCAGAAGGAAGCAUCACUGCAGAAACUGUGGUGAUAUCUUCUGCAACAACUGCUCCAGUAACGAAUUGGCACUUCCUUCUUACCCGAAGCCUGUGCGGGUCUGUGACAGUUGCCAUACACUACUACUUCAGCGAUGUUCUUCAAAUGCUUCCUGAAGAGAUGACAGCAGAAUUGUACCAGCUAUUGGUGCUUGCCGACUUUAGCUCUACUGCAUCAGUAAAGGCAUUAAGUUAAAUGCCAUAUACUUCUGAAGGUCACAAUUAAAACUUUCAUUUGUCCAGGCAAAAGGGGUGUUGUUAAAUGGUUGGAAUAUUACUAACAACAUUUUGCUUUAACAAGUCACUUUAAUCUGAUGAUUAAUCUAUUAAGAUGAAUGCCAAAUUUCACAUUGGAUUCCUGUGUACCCUUUUCUUCACGCUGGUAAUCAAUGUCACGUGUAAUGAUUGUUACAAUGUUAAAAUGGUUUUAUAGGUCUGCAGCACAUUUGUAUUUCAGAGCUAUUUUUUAGGGCUGUAUGUGCCUUUGGUCAAUAAUGACAUUCACUAAUUUUAAUGCUGUGUGAGACUUGUUUACAGGAUGUACAAGUGAUCUGGUCCUGUUCAAACUGAUGUUCAAGCCAUAGGAAGUUUUUUUGGAAAAGUUGUAUCCUGGAAGGUUUAUACAAGUCCACUAACUUUCUUCCCCUAAAUGUAUUAAAUAUGGGCUAAGUAUAAUGUGAA